GAUGUCGCUGCCGAAAGAUCCAAUUGCAGCCAGGCUGUCAGAUGUUAGUACGCAACGGCAAGACCAAGCAAUCGGUAGUUCGGUAGUCUAGAGUUCCAGAAGUUAUGGCUUCCUUCGGUAUGCGUGGCAUGAGUCAACAGCUGGGUAUUAAGAUUUGCUGCUGUCGCGUCUGUACGUGCAUCAACUUUGGCUUUGUGCUGUCCCGUGGCGGAUUGCUGAAACUUUUGCAGCUGGGAUUGGCCACAUUAUGUGAGGGUCUGCUAAUCCGUUGUGGUGUGCCGUACGCAGAUUCGAUUGGCCAGGCACUGACCAGCUUUCUGACGACGACAGCCUAUUGUUUUACCACAACAGCCAUUUUGCUUGUUUGUUACUGCUUCUCGGAGAAAUCGUACGGUCUGAUACGCCAAUCAUUAUUUGAAACGCUAUUUAAUGCCAUUGCCUGCUGCAUGUAUUUCAGCUCGGCUAGCUAUAUGGGAUUUGCCUGUGUUGUUUGGUUGCAUCCGCAGUUUCUGGUCCGUCCCGGCUUUCUCGCCUAUCCGGCCAUGACGGCCACAUAUUACAUGGGCUAUGCGGCGGGUCUGCUUCAUGCCUUCGAUGCAUUUCUGGCCUUUAAACAUUAUAAGGGCUUUCGCUAG